AAAUCUCUAGACAUUUUCAAAUAAAACCUGAUGAGUAUAUUAUAUUAUAAGUAUUAUAAGGUAGGUAUGUAUAAUUACUAUAAAAAAUGUAGAUUAUGAUUAUUCGAAAAAAAUGUUGCUUGAAAGUUUCAAUUCUUCUAUUCUUAUAAAUAUCAUAUAACCACACUGAGAGUUAGCAACAUCAAGUCUAUAUUAUGUACAGAAAAAGUAGACGAAAGAUUUCCAUACAUAAGUUAUUGGACUUGAUCCAUUUCACAAUUUUACUAUUUUAUGAGAAAAGUCUUCCGAGAAUGCGUGCGAAAUAAUGUACAAGCAUAUAGGCUGAGCUCCUCCCUAAAACUUUUUAUAGAGGUCGAUGUCCAAAAACUUGAAUAAAUAAAUGCCCCUAGUAUAAGUAUUUAUAAUAUAUCCCAAGAAAUAUGUUGAUAGAAAUAUUCUUCAAGCCUAAUAGUUUUGCAAAACUGUGUAGAAAUUCAACUUUUUACAAUCAAGCAUAACAUUUUUUUGAACGUCGCAAAUGUAAAGUAAUAAUUUUUCUAAAAUUAAAGUUAAAAAAUGGACAUUCCAAUUUUUCACUGGACCUUGGUAUACGCGCUAAAUAUUCUUGGUUUUUGGCCCAACAAUCCCAAUCCUAUACCACAAAUUCUUUUAUGUGCAACACUUGUAAUAAUUUGUCCAUUUCAACUGCAAGACAUUUAUAGAACAUUUGACAAUGUACCAUUAUUGAUGGAUGUGUUUCGAGAUUUCUCAACAUUUUUGUUAUUAAUUAUCAAAUUCUUAAUUAUGUGCUACAAUAAGCGGUAAGAAGACAUCGUCCUGUUUGGAUUUUAUUCUAUAUGAAUUUAAAUUAGAGUUUAAAAGUUAAAAUUAUAAUAAGAAAAUAAGCAUAUUCCAGGAAUUAAUUUAUUCAAUAUAUAUAUGUAUAGCUAUGUGAUCUUAUUGAUUGAAGAAAUAUCUGAAGAUUGGAGAAGAUUGAAAGUUUCUAAAGACCAGGAAAUCAUGGAUAAAUACGUUAAAUAUGCAAAUAUUUUUUGUACUUUUGAUUGUAUUCUUUAUUUUUUAGCUGCAUUAUUUUAUUAUCCAGAAACUUUAAUUUCCUAUUUAAGUAAACCAGUUGAGGCAAGAAAAUUAGUGUUAGAUGUAACAUAUCCUUUCAACUGUCGUCCUUCACCAUUUUUUGAAAUUGUAACAAUUAUUCAAACAGUUUUAAUUUUCUUAAUGAUUUCUGCUGAUGCUUUGUCAGAAAUUUUAUUAGGGACAUUAGUAAGUAUAUGCCCAACAAAUGUUUUUCAUAUUGGGGGAUUAAUUGAGAUUUUAAUGAGAGAUAUUACCGGAAUUUCUGUUGCAUGUUCAUCAACAAAUAAGCAAGAUUUGUCAAGUUUAAUAAAAAAUAUUGUAAAUGAACAUGAAAGAUUAAUAAACAUGCUAAACAAACUUGAAACUGUUUACACAUAUGUUUGUUUAAUACAAUUUUUUUCCAGUACAAUGGUUAUAUGUUUUACAGGAUUUAUAAUAUUGAAUUCAAAUGGAACAAAUGACACAAUCCUGAUGUUAAAAUUUAUUAUGUUUAUAAUUUUAAUGCUAUGGCAAGCAUUUGCCUUUUGUUUUGCUGGCGAAUUUUUAAUAACAAAGAGUGCAGAUAUUUCUCAAAGAAUUUAUAGUUGUUCGUGGUACGAAUUAAAGCCAAAAGAUAUUAAAUUAUUAUUAAUAGUAAUGAGAAGAACACAACAACCAUUACAAUUAACUGUUGGAAAAUUUGCUGCAUUAUCCAUUGGAAGUUUUACGAAUGUAAGAAAUAUACUUUUUUAGGUGCUGAAAUAUUUCGUACUACUUAUGGCGGUAGUGUAUAUAGUGACACUUAAUAUUGUUUAGCUAACAUCGAAUAGUUCAAGUUUAAUAAUAAUCUGUUUUUUAUAAUUAUGAGAACUAUAUCUAUAUACAUUUUUUGUUUUGGUCAAAUAAAAACAUUUUUCAGGUAACCAAAUUUUUUCGUAUAGAACGCAAAAUUUAUUAAAAUAAAUGAGUUUCUUAUACCGUUGGAUUCGUAAAAAAAUAAGAAUUUUCCUAUGCUAAUUAAAAUUAUUAAUCUUAAUUAAUUUUCGAGUUAAUUAGGAGUUAAUUUUACUAAAAAGCAUCCCAGGUGCGAAUUUUGGUCGGCCGCCAGAGUUGGCAGGUCGGGCCCAGGUCGGCCCAUCUAUGGCUGCCAAUAGGUCGGCAGCCAAAGUCGGGCCGACUUUGGUUACUGUUUCCACCCAAGGUUGGGCCGACUAUGGGUGCCAGAGUUUAGAGAACCUAAUUUUAGUUGGUCGGGCCGACUCUGGCCUGAG